AUGCCACCCAGAUCCAGAUCCACGGGUUACACAACCCUGUGGAAGCGGCUCUCACCGCGCCAGCUGAAUCUGGUGAUUACGGUGUUCUCGCUGAUCGCGAUAUUCUUCGAGGGCUAUGACCAGGGGGUGAUGGGGGGCGUGAAUGCCGCGCCGCGGUACGUGACGGAGGUGGGCAUCGGGGAGGCGGACGGACACGUCACCGACACGACGCAUCAGGGCGGGAUCGUGAGUAUCUACUACCUGGGGUGUAUCUUCGGGUGCUUCACGGGGGGGUGGUUGGCGGAUCGCAUCGGACGGAUCAAUGGGCUGUUUGUGGGGUCGGUGUUUGCCCUGGUUGGGGGCGCGUUGCAGGCCGCGGCCCAGAGCUCGAAUUUCAUGCUCGUCGCCAGGAUAGUCACCGGUAUUGGGACUGGGGCGUUGACGGGCAUUACGCCCGUCUUGGUGUCGGAGAUCUCGUUGGCGGAUCGCCGCGGUGGCUCGCUGGGUUAUACCUUCAUUGCUAAUUAUCUGGGCAUCUCGCUGGCCUACUGGCUGUCGUUCGGGCUGGCGUUUAUCAAGAACGGCUACUCCGACCUGCGAUGGCGCUUUCUGCUGGCCUUUCAGUGCAUCCCCGCCAUCUUUCUGAUCCUCUUCAUCAAGACCUUGCCGGAUAGUCCACGUUAUCUGGCUUCGGUCGGACGUCAUGAUGAGGCCCGCGAGCUGCUUCAGCGUAUCAGAGGUGACACGACUACCGCGAGAGAGUUCGAUCGAGAGUAUCUGGAGAUUACCACCGCCGUGCAGGAUAGUAAGCCGAGCUCUCCACUUGAUUUCCUGAGGAUCUUGGUUGGGAGGGGUGGGAAACCGGGUACCAGUCUGGGUCGACGUGCCUGGCUCUGUGUCUUUCUUCAGAUCAUGGCGUCUUGGACCGGCAUCACGGCAAUCACGGCGUAUUCGCCGGGUCUCCUUCGCCAAGCUGGAUAUAGUGAGAUCGAACGGAAUGGCCUGGCUGGCGGCCUGAACACCAUCGGGAUCGUAGGUACCAUCAUCAGUGCCCACAUCAUCGACCGUCUCGGACGGCGCACGUGUCUGAUGGUAGGCUCUGCGGUUCUGUUCAGCGUCGAGAUUGUUGCUGGCGCUAUCUAUGAAGCUUCGCGUCAUCAGCCGGACAAGGCAACCCAGUACGCCCCUGUUGCUGUCUCGAUGCUGUUCCUCUUCAACCUAGCGUAUGCAUCAACCUGGGGCACCAUCGCCUUCCUCAUCCCGACGGAGAUCUUCCCCUCGGAUCUGCGAGCCCAAGGCAACGGAUUCGGUAUCACCGGAUGGGCCAUCGGUGUCGGCAUGACCACCCUCGUCAACCCUAUCAUGUUCGAGCACCUCAAAAGUCGCAGCUAUUUCCUUCUCGCGGGCCUCAAUCUGCUGUGGAUUCCCGUGGUGUACCUCUUCUAUCCCGAGACGUGCAAUCGAUCGCUGGAGUCGAUCGAGGCGUUGUUUUCGACGUCCAGUCCGUUCUAUUGGGGAAUGGAGGAAGCGUACCGCUUGCAUGGGGAUGUGCUUGCCGGUCAAGACCUUGGGGACUCGGUUAAGGAUGAGUGUAAGGUGGAGGAGCCGGGUACGAUCGGACAUCAAAGAGCCAUCAACGUGCACAUGGACCGACCCGAUUCGCGUUCCACCUGGCUGUGGCAAGGCCUACUGUUAUGA